AUGACGGUACCACAGUCGAAGCUCCGUCGAGCCUUGUCUCGAGCAACGAUGAAGAAGUCCAAACCUACUGCGGAUCCGGAGCCCUCGAGCACGACGCCAGCGCCCGCAAGCUGUGGCGAAGUACAGUCCGCAAACGCCAGCGACAACACAGCGAGCACGGCGGACAACGCGGAUGUAGACUCGAUUGCGGCGAUACUCCGUCGAUCUGGAAGGGCCAGAUCAACUUCUGUGAGAACAUUGUUCAAGAGCAGAUCAGCAGCUUCGUUGGCACCGUCAAUACCGUCCACUGUGAUGAGCAGCAGCAACGACGACUCUGCGACAAAGCGCCGGAUGCAGGGGAGCGAGUCUUCUUUCUCUCAGACUGCCCCCGGGUCUCCGCCUGCUCGACCAACUGUCUAUCCUCUGUCACGCGGCCGCCAUGCAAAGUUUAUACCGCGCAAGCGACGCGAAUCGAAUGUGCCAAUGAUCAAGCCGGAGAUAGCCACGGAGAAGGUGGACAAGCUCAAUUCGCAAGAGUCGGCGCAUGGAAGAGCGCAAGAUGGACCCCGAACAGACCCAGCAGGACGAAAGGCAGCCAGUUCCCUGUCCGUAGCAGAUCGAAUCCUGGGCUUCGAGCGGAGAGGUACACAUAGCGAACUCCCGAAGCCUGUGAAAAGACACAGGCACUCCAAGGCUGUGUACGAUGAAGACGCCGCUGAAGAGUCACCUGGCAAAGACAAAGAGUCGUUGCCGAUUGUCUUUCCACUACACGUGAGAAAGUUCCAGAGACGGGACAGCAAAGCAGCAGCGAUGAUACAGAAACCAGACACACCACUCUAUCGAUCUGCGGCCGAUGAGGGCACGACCAUGCAUCACCCAUCUCCACAACGUGCUAUACCUGCACUAAAGACGCUCCCUGGUACACCUCCGCCUCUUGAAGCGGCUGUAAGCGUGGCAAAGACUGCACUACAGCAGGCGAACGCACAAGCAAGCCUUGCCAAGUCCGCAAUUGAGCAGUCAAGCAAGCAGGCUGACCGACCAUCCGACGCGAGGACCGAGCCAGCAACCUUGACCAGCCAGAAAGCACAGCUGAAGAGGACGAAAAGCAACAAAGUCAUUGAACGUCAACGUGAAAUCGAAGCUCUGUCAGCGAAGAGUGCCACCUCUGCUCCACUGCAGAGAAGCAACACUCAACCCAAAAGCAAGGACCUAGAAGCCGCCAUCCCGACAUCCCGCAUAAACCCCUUCGCCCAUUUCCACGGCACACGAGGCUACUGCGUCCGCCAUGGCCGCAAAUCCAGUCAACGCAGUCCGAAAGGUGCACGCUCGACAAAGGACAUGUGCGAGCGUGGCAGAAAUGACGAGACUCAAUCGAACGCUGAUGCUUGUCCGGAUUGUGUGGCUGAGCUGAAUAUCAAGAGGAAGGAACUGGUUGAGAAGGGAGAUUUUGGGACGGAGAGCUUGGUGGGGAAGGAGUUCAAGGUGAAGAGUGAUGAGAAGAGACAUGAAGAGGAGCUGGCACAGAAAGUUGCGCAGAAGGUACCGUCACCCACGAGCGGCGUGAACCACGAACCGAUGGUGCAACGCCAAAUCGAAACGCAGAACAUUGGUCCAUCGACGAACCAGGCAGACCCGCAGUCGGCAAUGCAGCAAAGGGGUGAGACGCCACAACCGAACGGGCAUGAUCAGACGCAGGUAAUCGACCACGGCAAGUCAGACAUUAAAAACGGUGGAAAGAUGCCCAUUGAAGGAGGACCAGCGCCGGCCAGCCUGCAGGAGCAGCCUCGCAAUAAGAUCGAUCUGCAGAAUCCAGGCCCAAGCCACCAUCUCUCUUGGGACUCUGCAGAGGUCGAGCCACCCAUGUCGACUCGUCGCGCCACGUCCUCUGGCCCACCUUCACAAACCAAAUCUCACACCAGCUCUCACAGCUCAACAUACGCGGCAUCCGAGAAUAACGUCGCUCCCACCCCAGACCUCCAGCCGAGAGCAGUGCACUUCCGAGCAUUGUCGAGCUCCAAGGAACGCGACCAGAGUCACGAUGACGGUAUUGUAGUGCAGCGAGAUCUUGGCGAUGGUCUCGAUGCCAUGAUUUUGGAACGCGGAGGACGUCUUGAGAGGGUAGUGAUGAACUCACGCAAAGGAGGGCCUAUCGCGGAAGUCAUGGCACGAUUGGCAAGAGAGCUGUCGCAGGUUUCGUCGGCGAUCUCGACCACGAACCCGCAGCGGAGGCCCAGGGAGCAUACUGAUGGUAGUCUUGAUGAGAUCAUUGCGAGGCGAAAGUCGGUUGCGGAGCUGGAGCAUUUGCUGAGAGAUGCUGCAGAUGCGCAAGGGACGAAAUUACAUCAUCAGGCUGAUGGGUCUGCUGAGGACAUUGUCAUGAAGAACUUCGCUGGCGAGGGUCCCCCAGAGAGCCCCUUGCUGGAGGAAGAAAAUGAGGAAGACGAGGAAGACACCAUCGAAGAGAUCCUGCAACGCACACCCUCCCAAAUCGAAAGAGCGGCGAUACGUCAAUCCAUUGAACAUGACUACCGCGCUCUGCAAGGAUACCUCGACUCCGCAGCAGCGACUGUGGACAGGCGAUAUCAACCCCAACCCACAGGACUAGGAUACCGAUGGCCGACGCCUCAGCAGUAUCGUUCCCUAUCGAUCCCUACCUCGACCAGAAUGCAGAACCCAAACCUAGGAUCAAGGACGCUGCCGAUCAUGGUCGAGGACGAACACCGACGGGCGGCUGCUCCUUGUACCUCACUUGAACGAGCUUCAACACUUCACAUCACUACCACCUGUACAUCCCCAUCAACCUCCGGGCUCCCUACGCUCCCCUCCCACAUCCUUCGCGCACAGGACAUGACCAGUCCCUCGCCAACGGACAUGGACAUCCCACCAUCACCCUUAUUAUUCACGGCCUCGACGGCGCCAUCCCUGAACACCUCAGCCCUACCAAGUCCGCAGACGCCACAUGCCAUUGAAAGUCCUCCAGCACUCGUACCUUGCGCCCCACAUUCACCUACUGAGACGAGUCCUGGAAUUGCAGUCCGCGUUGCAACGCCGAUGCCUCCUCCGAUGCCGCCGCCCAAGCCAUUGGGAAGUCCCAGCCAGGUAAGAGCGGAUUCGAUGGUGAUUCGACAAGUGAUGAGGAUGGAGAAGAAUAAAGCUGUGCAGGAGGCUGCUGCUGUCGAGAGGGAUACGCGGAGAAGAAGGGCUCUGAAGAAGGAAGGUAAGGAUGGGGAGAAAAUGGCCGAGUGA